CCUGGCCCAGGUACCGUGUGCUUCGGGCUCUGGACAUCGGCCAGUACAACCUGGAGAUCUCCCACUCGGAGCUGUCGGAUGACUCUCUGUACGAGUGUCAGGCCACGGAGGCCGCCCUGCGCUCCAGGAGGGCCAAACUCAAUGUACUCAUCCCGCCCGGAGACCCGGUGGUGGAGGGGACCCCGGAGCUGCUGCUGAUGGCCGGGAACCCGUUCAACCUGACCUGUGUGACCCGGGGGGCCAAGCCUGCAGCGCACAUCCAGUGGACCAAGGAUGGAGCGGCAGUGGAGGGGGCCGUCCAGUCCACG